AUCCGGAAGUAGAGCCUUUGUUUUUGCUUUCGUAAGUUUCGACAGGCUGAGCAACAGUGCACAUUGUAUAAUGCGGCGGGGCACUUAAACCUAGACACAUUGUUUCUGUCCCACUAAGUCAGUGAGGUUUCCGUCAAACGACAUGGACCCAUCCAGGUCACCGACGGUGGUUGUUCCUGAUGGAGCCGUAGCUGAACAAUGUCCAAAACCCGAAAUUUCUGCUGCGAUGCUGGCAAAAAUUGAGAGGAAUCGACAGCGGGCGUUGAUGCUGCGGCAAGCCCGGAUUGCGAGCCGUCCUUUAGCAGCUGUGGAGGGUGCGACUUCAGCCAAAGUUUGCAAAACUAUCGACACCGGUGCGGGGUUUUUCAUCGAUGAAGAAGAAGGUAUAGAGGAGGAGCAGAAGACCAAAAAUGUGGUUCAUCAGCCAGCUCCAGUCAUUGAACCGGACUACUUGUUUUGCGAUGACUGUCAAAAGCCCUUUAUGGACUCGUACCUCAGCAACAGCUUUGACCUGUCUGUGUGUGACAAGUGCAGAGACAACGACCAGAAGCACAAGUUGAUCUCCAGAACUGAGGCCAAGCAGAACUACCUACUGAAGGACUGUGACCUGGACAAGAGAGAGCCUCCUCUCAAGUUCAUUCUGAGGAAAAACCCUCACAAUCCACGCUGGGGUGACAUGAAGCUCUACCUUAAAAUACAUGUAGAAAAACGAUGUAUGGAAGUGUGGGGUUCAGAGGCAGCGCUGGAGGAAGCCAAGGAAAUAAGGGAAGAAAACAGAGAAGUGCAGAAACAAAAACGCUUCAAUAAGAAAGUCAAAGAGCUGCGUCGGGCAGUGAGGAGCAGUAUGUGGGCCAAAGACACCAGUGCCCACCAACAUCAGUACGGACCGGAGGUGGUGGUGGAUCUGGAAGAGGACCUCUACAAGAAAACCUGUGAGACCUGCGGACAUGAACUGACCUAUGAAAAGAUGUAAACUGACACCAGCGUUGAUGCUGCGAGGAACAUUUUCUGAACUCACUUUUGGUAUUAGAUUUUCUAAUAAAGCACUUACCUCAAUCCAUGAACUAAAUUGUCCAUUGUCAUGAUGAAACCUGCCUUGUGAGAUGUUAGUUUACCAGUGGUAAAUCAGCUAACCGGCCAGAGCUACAUUAAGUUAAGUCAUCAGAACCUCAGAAGUUUUAUACUCUCAAUACAAACAGUCACGUUUGCCCGAAAAGGUGACGUGAACAUGAACGAAGUGCACCUCUUGUCAUGUUUUCAGUUUGUAUUUGGUCUCAUUUGGCCGAGUCAUGUUUUAUUUAGCUAAGUGCUUUGCUGCCAGGGCAUUCACUGCACCGGAAUGAGAUGCAAUGUCGUUGAAAAUUAUUUUUGUCUUUCACCUUUGGAAAAAUGUAGACUAUAAGGUACUCUACAGAAUUUUUAAAACAUGUAUUUUUGUCUUUCACAAUUUAAGUCCGCUCCCAGGAGUUUUAAUGUGUCAGAUUUUUGGUCCAUUAAAUUAUGGCAAGAAUUAUGGUACAGAAUAUGUUUUUUUCCUUUGGCUUUUGUCUAAAAAAAGUUAUUUUCCAACCACAACAUUUUUUUUAGUGAUUCAGUGAUUUUAAAUGGCAACUUUCUGGCUUUUAGUUUUGUGUCUUUUCUAUGUUUU